AUGGAUCUGAUAGCAGAAGCAGACCUCACCCAGGAUGAAAAAGAUAUGGCCAUUGAGGCGAAGAAAGUGAGGUUCAACACUGCCAACGGCAACACCACGUCAAAGCAAGAGAUAUGCAUGGAUAUACAAGGGAUGCCUGAGACGAUGAGGAUUAGAAUGCUCGAGAGUACUCCCGCUGUUCUAUCAAUGGGGAGGAGAUGUAUGAAAAUGGGAUAUUCAUUUCAUUGGCUGGCGGGUGCAAACCCCGUGUUCGUCAAGCCUGAUUCGAGCUUGAUAGUGCUAAAAGUCAUCGGGGAUAUCCCAUACAUGGUGGAUAGAAUGUCAACGGUUGUUAACGAAAGUGAGCGUAAUGACUAUCACAUCUAUCCUGCUAUGCCAGCGCCUCUUGCGAUUGAACUGCCCGUGCGAGGAAAUUCCAGUCCGAGAAGACUUGAAGAGAAACAGGAUGAAUGUAGCCCCAAAAGCGUGGACUCGGACACGGAUAGAGACACCGAAGAGGAACCGAUAGGAAAGGCCACCAACGAUGACGGGAGGCUACUAGACAAGUGGAUGUUAACGGGUAAUAAAGCGGUGUGUUUCCACAACAAGCCAAGAACGAAGACUUGCGAUCCAUGGUUUGAAACACUGAAAUUCCCAGAGAUACAUGCACUGGUGCCGCGAUUCGCCGAGAGAUGUAGAUCCAAACGUGUGUACAAAGAUGGCAAAACCGUGGCGGAAUGGAUAGACUGGGUGGACAAGUACAGUGAGGGAGAGAAUAGAGACGCGGAAGAGGACUUAUGGACAGGCAAGACCAUGUUCAAGAUAGAAGGGCUCACAUUCGAAGGAGCGGAUGCAGGAGAAGCGGUGCAGAGCGAUAGCGCGAAGGUGAGAAAACAUAUCUUGAAUAGAAUGGCUGCGGACGAAGACGCGGGGUUAGAUGACCUGACGAUGAUGCUGGACAAGAACAUCGGUGCCGGUGGCGAGGCAGAGACGCUAGUCGAGAUAGCAAGGAACGGACCGGAGAGGUGGGGAUACUCAUUUAUCAGUUGGGCCCAGAAGCAGGAAUGCCGGGACGACGAUAUCAUCAUACUGCGCGUGUGCAUGCUUGUGGUGAUAGGAAAGGACCCCGAGACGUAUUGGGAUGAUACGCCAGAGGGGGGAUACGCAUCAUUGUGGGCGACAGAAGAAUGGGAUAGGACGAGUGCCAUCCUAGGAACGAAGCUGUUCAGUUUUGAUCAGGGACCGAUGGGACCAGGGACUGGAGCGGCGAAUGAUAGCAGUGAUAGAAGCAAGGGCGAGAUGAGCGAAUCGCAAAACUGGGCGGAGUGGGCACCGGGAUUAGUGCGAGCCAUUAAGGCGGGACAAAGCGCACGCAAUAUGACGGAUGUGGAAUUUCAGCUCGUCCGCGGAAUGAAGAAGAAUCCGGAUGACGACCUAAGGAUCGCGGAGCAAGUCGUCGCUGUACCCGGCGAAGAAGAAAGCACCGAAAACGGAGGCGAAUUGGAUGUUGAUAUAGAUUUGCCCGGAAUAGCCGACGAAGAGCAGGCCAGAAGAGGAGUGGGAGAGCCUCAGAAGGAUGAUAGCGCCGGUGACAUGGGAGAAGUGGAACAAACAGAGGCAGAAGUCGGACCUGCAGAUCAAGUUCGAGUUGCGGAUAGACCUGGCGAAGGGAUAGGGUCGAGCAAAGCUGUGAGCAUCCGGAGAGCAAGAUACUCACCGGAGUAUGCAAAAUCGGCGGAACAUUUGCUCACGCAUCUCCCAAAGAACAUGCACUGCGUUGCUUGUCGACAAGGCAAAGCAAUAAACGUUCCCUUCAACAGGGGCGAAGGCAUCACCGACAAGGGUGCCGAGAAGUUCGGAGAGAGGGUCACUGCUGACACGAUAGUGCUUCGCAGCAACAAAGACAAGGGAAUCCGCGGAGAAAACAACGCAAUCGUGAUGUUCGACUUCAAGACACAGUGGAUACACUGCACGCCCGUGAAGUCCAGAGGAACGGAUGAGUUUGUGCGAGCUAUCAACGAGUUCCGAGGCCCAGAUAUGGUGGUGCAUCUGUACGCAGACGGAGCCGGUGAAUUCUCAAAAGCCUGCGAUAUCAUAGGAACUUGCAGGGCGACUUCUACACCCGGAUUACCCCGAACGAAUAGCAUAGCGGAGCUCAAGGUCAAAGAAGUAAUCUACGGUGGCAGGGUAUUACUGAGACAAGCAGGACUAGAACCGAAGUGGUGGCCAUACGCUGUGCAGACGUUCUGCUUCCAUAGGAACGUACAACAGGUGGACGGGGUAAGCCCGUACGGGAAAAGACAUGGCAACGAGCAAGACAAAGUGAAACUGAUUCCUUUCGGGGCACUUGUUAACUACCUCCCCAUUGCUGAAAAGCCUAGAAAAGCUGGCAAAGAGGACGCGGCCCUGCUCGAACGGGGGGAUCCUGAAAAUGACGCUCUUGAGAUUCUCGGAGCUGAUGAAGAUGUUUCGAGCAUGGCCUUGCCCUCUGAAACGAAGGAAACUAAAGAACAACGCUCGCAAAGGGAGGAAGAGCUGAGAGAGAUCGAUAGACGUGCGCUCGACAUGGUCAUGACGCAGGACUUUGAUGUGCAGCAUGCAAAGGACAUCAUCCUGAAGUUCACUUCGAUAGAAAAAGGAAUAGCGAAGAAUUCGCGGAGCAUGGCCACCGGUAGAGGGUUCAUAGUCCUGGGGCUGUAUGCGUACGGAGGAAAGAUUGGCGUUACGAAUAGUGCCAAAGAUUAUCCGGGGAUAGCCAUGGUGUGCUGCGAGCUGAUAGCAAAAUGCUUCCCAGAAGCUACUUUUACAACGGUGAUUGUGUCUGUCGGAACCAGGAUGGGGCCUCACAAGGACAAGUUCAACGAGAGUCAGACAUACAACUUUGUUGUGCCGGUAAGCGAGAGGGCGGGUGAAGCUAUGAUCUGGACAGAAGAGGAACAGUGUGCGAACGAGAGUGGCGACGCCGCCGGGAUAAAGAAAGAGGUGCUUCCGGGAAAAUGGAUAUGGGGAAGGACUCGGAAGGUUGAUAGUGGGCUAAAGUUCAAUCCAAGAGUUUGGCAUGCUACCGAAGAUGCCUUGGCGCCGGAGGAUAGAGUGAUAGCGGUGGGAUAUACCCUGGCAGCGGGUAAAAGGGCAUCUGUGGACGACAAGUGGAAGUUGAUGAGGCUGGGCUUCAGAUUGGAUGAGCACUUUGCGACAUUAGCGGAUGGCUUAUGCCAGGCAGCGUGUGCAGACAACGGUGGGGAUGGGGAAGAAUAUGUAGAUCACGACGCCGAGGAAGAGCAAGCGUAUGCCAUGGCAUCCAAGGCAAAGUUCGACACUCCGACAUCACCCGGAUUGUUCCUAGGUUACGCGCUCCAACCAGGGGGUGUUCCGAGCGGAGACUAUAUAGUGGUUGAGCUGGCGCACCUGUAUCACGGAUGGACGGUACCGUCGAUACACCGCGUGAAGAGGAUAGUACUUGACGAGGAGAUGCCCAACUACUUCCCGAUGCAAGCUGUGGCUGAUAGGAAGUCGAGAAUCAUGACAGCGACUCGAGCUGAUGCCCUGGCCAGGAGAGAAGGGUACGAGCCGAUGUGA